UCAUUCCUUUUCUUACCAAGAGCUGUCUCCAGCUGUGAAACGCAAUGCUAAUGCUAACUGUAUCACUCUUCUUCUUGUUAGCAUGCUAACUAGCAGCUAGCACCGGUGCGACUGACCUGUUGGGUCAAUCUGUAAGGUUCCCGGGUAGCGCCCAUCAACACCAUGCUAAUGGCAUCCAGGUUCAGGCAGCACAUACAACAUACAUGUAGCACCUUUUAAAGCUUAAUCCAUGUUUACCACUGUGUGAAUGUCAGAUACAAUUUACUCUGUUGCUAUAUUUAAUCAUAUUUUGAUGACAAUAUGAACGACUGGAAAUACACUAAUGAGCCGAGGAGAUGGGGGUUGGUUCAGAAGUGGUUUGAAUAUUUACUUUGGCUGUCUUCUGAUUUUUAUUUUUUUUUCAUUAGGAAAUAGGUUCACAAUGGGAAUUCAUCGUAACUACUGUGAAUCCAAAGUGGCAGCUGCUGUUGUCCUCUGCAAAGGAGCUAUUUACGUGCCACCUUUCAAGCUACAGGAUGAUUGACAGCCAGCUAUCAGCACAGAGGAGGGCGAUGAUGAGGAACAUCCCUGAUGAAGACCAAGGCCUGCAGAAGACCAGCACCUACAUCGUGCCCUGCUUCCUCUUAGUGGAGCUGGUCAUCAUGGCAGGGACCGUUCUAUUGGCGUACUACUUCGAGUACACGGACACGUUCCCCGUGCACGUCCAGGGCUUCUUCUGUUUCGACAAAGCCUACUCCAAGCCGUUCCCGGGACCAGAGGACAACAGCAAGGCGCCACCCGUCCUGGUGUACUCCCUGGUCACUGCCAUCCCCACAGUGACGAUCCUGAUCGGGGAAGUGACCAGUUUCUUUGUGAAGACAGAGGGAGCUCAGGAGAAAACCAUAGUGACCGCCGACUGCUGUUAUUUCAACCCUCUCCUCCGCAGGAUCGUACGCUUUCUAGGUGUCUACUCCUUCGGCCUCUUCACCACCACCAUCUUUGCCAACGCCGGUCAAGUGGUGACAGGAAACCAGACCCCUCAUUUCCUGUCUGCCUGCAGGCCUAACUACACGGCUCUGGGGUGCCAGUCUCCGCUGCAGUACAUCGCCGAGCGCCGAGCCUGCACGGGAAACCCGUACUUGGUGGCGUCCGCCCGCAAAUCCUUCCCCUCCAAAGACGCAGCUCUCAGCUUUUACUCAGCCAUCUACACAGUGAUGUACGUGACCCUGGUGUUCCGGACCAAAGGCACCCGUCUGACCAAGCCCACCCUCUGCCUGGUGCUGCUGUCUCUGGCCGUGCUGGUGGGGGUGGUGAGGGUGACUGAACACAGAAACCACUGGAACGAUGUCGUGGCCGGGUUUAUUACCGGAGGGGCCAUUGCUGCCUUCCUGGUGUCAUGUGUGAUCAACAAUUUCCAGCAAACCCAGAUAGGAACGCCGACUCCUCCACCUCCGCAGCGCCCCCUAGAGCCCUGUGUCGGGCUCCCUCUGCUCAGCCUGCCCCGCGUGGAGAGUCCACUCGAAAAGUUAAGUGGCCUCCAGGUAAGGGGUGGGUGACAGAUCGUUGAUAAAAUAAUCAAACAGAUCAACAGAAUGCAAUAAACUUAUAGUGUAUUUCUUUAAAUUGGGAGGGUUUGUCAACACAAAUACUACCUCCACCAAAGAAAUUACAUUUUGGUGCAGAUCACAAUCGGGGGCUUUCUUUAACAUUGUGUUUUUCUUUCUUUCAAAUCUUAUCUAUGAGUUUGUGAAGCUCAGUGAAGAUUGAUUGGGCUUAAGGGGACUGUUGGGCCUUGGGUGGAGGUUUGAUCCCCACUCAGUGCCAUAUAGUAUUUAAAUAUGUUAGGAGAGAGUUUUGAUACUUAUCUCCUCCCGUUUAACCUCUAUUGUUUCAUUACAUCUCUGUGAUUCUUACAUGCUUCUUCCUGUAUGAUUCCUCUGUUGAGUGCACCCUUUCUCUUUUCUAGAAGUGGUCAUUCUCCAUUCUUGUCUCUUGCUAUUUUAGUCAAGUUUAUCUUCCCUGUUGCCUCAGGUUUUACCUCCCUGUUGUUUUCUACUCCCUCGCUCUCUACGUCACCUGAACCUCCGUUUCUCCUUUCCCUCCUGUUAGGCUCCAGGGCUACCGUAUUCUGAGAUCACAUGACCAUCAGCCAAUCCCAUCCCCCACCCCUCCCGAUGUGCUCCUCCCCUCACGGCGUUGCCUCACCAGCGCAGUCUAGACCUACCCUCUGAAAGUCCCCAGCCCUGCCCCGCCCACCCCAAAGGACGACAUCCUCUCCGUCGAAUCAAAUCAACGCAGGUGUGAAAGGCCGACCAAUCACAGGGAGGAGGACAGCGCACACUUUCACAUGGCGAGUCUGGAGGAGAACCUGUCAUUUUGAAGACCAAUAUGAUACAGAGACCUGUCCUUCUGUCCAGUCUAUCCUCUGAGAUGGCCUCUGGGUGUAAAGACCCUUUAUGAGACUUGCCAAGGCCAGAGGUGUUGAAGCAAUACUGUGUCACACUCCCUUGUCCUGUCUUUCCACAAAGACUCGACAGUAACUUUAAAGACUGUUGGCUGAUGAUGACUUGAUAAACACACCAAUAAAAAAUAAACUGAGGGUUUGGGGACGGAAGAAUAUCCCAAUCACUACCGGAUCGUCCUCAAAAGACCACAUUCUGACACUCAGGACAAUCAAAUGGAAAAAAAAGACCUCUCAUCCAAUCAAAAAGCAGCCCCCACUGAGAAUUACGAUACAGAAGAUUUUUUUCUGUCACAAAGGACUCACAAGAGAUGCUGUUGAAGAGGAAAGCGCUUUUGUAAAUUAUAGGACAGAUGAACCAGUUUAACGUUCAGUCAUAAGUGUUGUUUCUUUACCUGUUUAGGGGAGAAUAUCGGUUCGAUCUCUUGCUGUACAUUGUGUGAAGUGAUAGACGGGAGAUUUACACACACGAGAGCUGUGUUUGUGAUUCACGUAGACUGCACGUAAAGAUGGACGACGCGUCUCCAUGUCCUCCCGCUAUCCAGAAAGGAACCUGAAAAAUCCUGGAUACAAAACGGCUCCAUAGAUCCGCAUGAAGAACUCCUUACAAUGACAGGAACCAUGUUUGAAAAAAUGAUAUCUGAAGUUUACUUUUUAGAGAGGAGGCAUUCAAGGACUCAGUGAAAUGUAGGGGGUGGGCCUGUUUCUGUGCAGACAUCAAUUGAACAAUAAAAAACAGUAAAUAGACCUAUACAAUACAACAAUAAAAAAUAUUUUUGGAUAGAAUUAUAUGUAUACAAUUACAAAUCUUAAAUACAUUUCCAAAAGCAGUACACACAGUUUACCUGGUGUUCAAAUGAAUGACACAUACUGCAGCCAGCCACCAGGUGGAGAUCAAGGCUUCAAUUAAGGGCAGCUGUCAUAUCGUCCAUCUUUAUAUACAAUCUACACUGAAACCAUGUUUGUGUUGGAGCGUCAGUUGACUCAUCCCUGUAGAGAAAGGAACUGGAUUUAAACCAACCUUCCAAACAUUUUAACUACUUAAUAUUCAGGUGUCUGUGUGCGCGGGUGUGUGUGUAUGUGUGUGUUUGUGUGUGUGUGUGUGUUAUGACGUGUAUGUUCUACAUCCAUGCUGUGAAAUAUUUUUGAAAAGUUUUAUUAUAAAGUUUUAUACAAAUUCUUUGUCAGUGUCCCAUAUAAUCCACCAUCCGCUUUGUCCCUUACACCCUCUCAUGCUUGGUCUUCGUUUUUUAAUUUCAAAUAACUUUUAUCUAAAUACAUGACACACAACAUGUUACCAAAACAAAUGUGUUAUAAAAUUAUUGUUUUGUAAUUUUUCCUAUCUGCCAUCAUUUCCUCACACCUACAAUGAAUCCAAUGGCGCAGACCAUGUGUGUGACACCAGGCUAAGAUCUCUUGACUUUUGUAUAGUUUUGUACAGUGAAUAGGUUUCUCAACACAGUAUAUACCACAUUGUCAUUAUGUUUCAAGUGUGAGAACAGUGAGACGCAACCCGAGACUGUCCUGCAGGAACACGAGCAGUAGCCUGAUCUGAAGCAGGAAUGUAGCGCAGUGGAGAAGUGUGUGAAAUCCUGAUGUGUGUGUGUUGGUGGCUGACAACUUGCUUUGGUUCUGCUCAGUUCAACAGGAAAGACAGGCUGCCAGUGGGAGAGUGUGCAGUGGCUUAUAUACAGAAGACAUAGGGUUCUAUUAAGCAUGUGUGAGUGUGUGUGAGUGUGUAUGCUUACUGGUGUGUGUAUGAUGAUUCUACAUUGUACGGCAGCGUAACUGUUAAUUUGGUUUUCUUAAGUGAAACAGUCAAAAGUAGCUGCUAUAAUUCCACACAUGUGUUAGUGUAUAAGUGCAGGCCUUCAAAGGACCCCCUGCUGAGGCGUCCCUACUAUGCCUGUUAUAGCAGAAGGUGCUCAUUAUAGCUUUGAGAUUAGCCACAGUAACACAACAUCUUCUUUUUUUGUAAACAACCGAAGGGAUAGAGAACACCCACGUUAAUAUGUCUUUGUUUUGUAUUUAUUUAACAAAAUAAAUGGCAAUUACCACAC